GCGAUUCGGACGACCUGCUAUGCGAAGUUUCGACGCCACCUCUUUCGGCGGUUUCGCUCGCUUGCGAACGGAUCGGUUAUGAAGCAGCUGCGAUGUUGCAUCAAAUGAUGGGCGGAAAGCCAGCGCCGCAAGAGCCAAUCCUGGUUCCUCCUCAUGGCGUCACAAGCCGGCAAUCCACCGACUUCUUGGCGAUCGACGACCCGAUGAUCGUGCGGGCGUUGCGAUUCAUUCAGAAUCAUACGCAUCAUGGAAUCGGUGUGGACGAUAUUCUUCGAGAGGUGCCGCUUUCCCGACGAAGUCUGGAGAUUCAGUUCAAGUCUUACUUAGGACGCACUCCGGCAGAAGAAAUUCGCCGCGUUCAACUGGAACGUGCCAAAGAGUUGCUGUUGAACCGCGAUCUAUCGAUUACCGAGGUUGCACUUAGUUCCGGUUUCAGCAAUGCAACCCGGUUUGGUAUUGCUUUCCGAAAGAAGUUCGGCACGACUCCGCGUAACUUCCGGAAGAAGCUUCUCACCGACUAA